UAAAACCCUCAUCAGGUCCAGCCCUUCCGUCAUCUAGGAUUUAGAUUGCCAAUUCCCCAAUCAAAACACCACCCCAAUCCUGAUUCAAAUUACACCAAUAUUUCUGUAAUUCGGCGGUAAAAUCAUCAUGGGGAAGAACGACUUCCUAACCCCAAAGGCAAUUGCCAAUCGGAUCAAGGCCAAAGGACUUCAGAAGCUUCGAUGGUACUGCCAGAUGUGCCAGAAGCAAUGUCGAGACGAAAACGGCUUCAAAUGCCACUGCAUGAGCGAAAGCCACCAGCGACAGAUGCAGAUCUUCGGCGAAAACUCUAAUCGCAUAGUCGAUGGCUACUCCGAGGAGUUCGAGCAAAGUUUUCUCGAUUUGAUGAAACGAAGCCACCGGUUCAGCCGUAUCGCCGCCACCGUGGUCUACAACGAGUACAUCAACGACCGCCACCAUGUUCAUAUGAAUUCGACUGAGUGGGCCACGAUAACCGAGUUCGUGAAGCACUUGGGGAGGACGGAUCAAUCAGAAUUCGGAUCAACCCCUCAUUGUCCAUCUCUGAAAAUAAUUGAACAGAGAAAAUCCAAUGAUGCAGAAGUCGAGUCACUGCGAGAGGAAUACCAUCAAAGGGUUGCAACACUUGAAAGGAAGGUGUAUGCUCUUACAAAGGAAAGGGACACGCUUCGGCGGGAGCAGAAUAAGAAAAGUGAUGCAGCUGCUCUUCUGAAGGAAAAGGAUGAAAUAAUUAAUCAAGUUAUGGCUGAAGGUGAAGAGCUUUCAAAAAAGCAGGCUGCUCAAGAAGGACAGAUUAGGAAAUUAAGGGCUCAGAUCAGAGAGUUUGAAGAAGAGAAGAAAGGGUUGAUUACUAAACUUCAGGAAGGUGAUGCUGCUGUUGCCGUUGCUGAGGAGGUGAAGAAGAACAACCAUGUAGUAAGAAAGUUGGAGAAGCGUCAACAGAUUUGCACCCUUGACCAGCAUAUUGAAGAGCAAUUUGGUUGUGGUCGUCUAUUGGCUUGUAUCUCAUCACGACCUGGACAGUGGCUGUGCUGAUGGGUAUGUGACUUUAUUUGCCUAUGUCUGUUUCUAGUCAGCAGAUUUGUCAUAGGCAUAUUAGUGUAGUUACCAUAUUGCAAGGGCUGAAAUCUGGAUGAUAUCAGCUUCUUUUUAUUGUUGUUUUAAAGUGAGGUAUAUAUGGGUCUUAUGAAAUUUUUACAGAAAUAUAUUGGAGGGCAAAUAAUUUUAUUUUAGUUU